UACCGUUGAGAACGAUUGAUAUCAGUCGCUUGUUGUGUUUGUGGGGUUUGUGUAGUAGUUUGUUUGUAACCAAAAACGCAAUACAAACUACAAGCCCAUUUCCCCUACUUUUUAACUUUCUAAUUCAGCAAUUUAUAUACUUUGAGACACGAAAAAAAAAUAAGUUAUUUAGCUCAUAGUCGAGGGUGUGACUCGGUCAAGCUGCCUAUCAAAGAGGCACCGCGGCGGGCUAUGUACCAGCGAAAGCCAGUGACAAAGAAAAAAACGGAGAAGAUUGUAAAAAGGUAGAGCAUAGAGAAACCGUGAGGGUGGAAUAAACACCCGGAGAAAGAAAACAUCCAUCCUUAUUUGAACGGCUUCAGUUUCCUCGUCAAGUAGACGAUGUGAAGGAGAAGAUUAAGGAGAGAGUGAGCGAGAGAAAAGACCCGAGAGAGAAGCCGUAGUUGAUGCUACACGACGAGAGAAUGUGCGGAAGGGGCAUGAUGUGCCAAGGGCGCGUCCAAAGCGUCGAGCUGUCAGUGAAACACGGAUCCCAGGACGAGGAGACGAAAAGGAUCUGUCACAAGGGCGGGAGGAGGCGAGGGCCCAGCGACCGUAGAGCUCCAAUCGGACGCCGCGGCCCCCACAGAUCGCGGCGCGCCCCCCUCGCCGCGCCGCUGCGGCCGGCCAACGUCCGCGGCAGGCGCGCCCCCGGCAUGCGCGCACCGCGCAACACCAACCAGUUCCUCAUGCACGAAAAGUACCAGCUCCUGCACAUGCGCUCAGACUCGGUGGGCACAGACAGCAGCUCUGACUGCGAGCUCGACCCCGCCGACAUGGACUCGUACCUCGGGGUGCUGGAGAACGCCCACGGUGCGUUGCUCGACAGCCCCGAGCUGCAGUUCACCGCCAGCGACACGAUCCACUUUUUCGGCUUCGCUGAGCUGGAGCGAGAAGACAGCAUGCAGUAUUUUCCGUCUGAGACCGACUUCAUGCAGAGUGAAGACUUCAUGCAGAGGGACUUUAAACAGUUCUGUGAUGCCGUGGCUUGUACAUGAACACUCGCCACAGGUAAAUUCACAUGAUACAUUGACCAUCAGAUCGUCGAGACAAAGAGGGCAUUUUUUGUUUUGAAUGCCAUUGUCAUGUUUUUUUUAUUAUUAUUGUUGUUAUUAUUAUUACUGUGCAUUGUUUUGUUACGGAAGUAAAGCAGUGAAGUAGGCGUGGCAGAUCAGCCAAUCAGAAUGGAGAUCACUCUGCCCCGCCUCCCAGUUGCUCAGACCACUAAGCGACUUGCUUUGAGCAUCUAAUACAUUACAAUAGAAGAAAGAAAGCCCUAUACCCUAUUGUGGUGCACUUGUUUAUGGAGUAGGGAUCCACUUGAAGUUCAGCCAUUUCCUACUGCUAAAGUGAUUUGCAAACUGAAAUAAAAAAACCCGAUGUUUUUAAGUCA